AUGGGCAACAACCGAGUCACCUAUCGCCGUCGUAACCCGUACAACACCACCUCCAACAAGACCCGUGUCGUCAAGACUCCCGGUGGUCAGUUGCGAGCUCUUCACAUCAAGAAGCGAGGAACCGCCCCGAAAUGUGGUGACUGUGGUGUCAAGCUCCCCGGCAUUCCUGCCCUCCGACCCCGUGAAUACUCUCAGAUCUCCCACCCUAAGAAGACCGUCCAGCGAGCGUACGGUGGUUCAAGAUGCGGUAACUGCGUGCGAGACAGGAUCGUGCGCGCUUUCCUGAUCGAGGAGCAAAAGAUUGUCAAGAAGGUGCUGAAGGAGCAGAGCGAGGGUUCCAAGAAGAAAUAA